AUGGAAAGCAACACGAAUGCAACUGCCGUAGAUGCUGAAGUACCGGUGCACACAACCUCGGGGAACGGUAACAGCGAGAUUGUAAGCUCCGACGAGACGCCACAGCCAAGGCGUAAUCGCAGCAAUACUAUCAAAGUGCGCGUGCCUAAACACAAACGCAACGUAAUCAAACGAAACUGGAGCCAGAUCACUUUCCCGCUCGUGGAGGACAUGAAACUGAGAGCACGCUUCUACAUAAAAGCAUUAUAUGUGGAGCUGAGCGUCACCCCCGAAACUCCAAAGGUGGCUUGUCUAAUAAAAGGCGCUGAGUUUUUCAAGGCCUUCAUAUACGGCUUCGAGUUAAAGGAUGCUCUGCAACUGCUCUAUAUAGAUAAUACCUUUCUAGACAGCUUUAGGCUGCCGAGCGUGGAGAUGCUGAACCCCGAGUCAAUCUACAGUUCCUAUGCCUUCCUAUCUAGCGUGGGAGAAACCAAAUUCAUCAUCGAGAGAACAACAAGAUCCCGAAUCGUAUUAGUUGAGGACACGGUCUAUGUUAUAGGUUCAAGUAAGAACAUAAGGAGGGCACGUCGCGCCGUUCUCAACCUGCUCUAUAUGGAAUGA